AUGUCACAUGCAGCUCCAUUUUCACGUCCCUCCUCGAUCGCUAUACCACCUCUACCACCACCCCAACGCUAUGGCUACAUGAUGCCGCGGGCUCGCCCUGUCAAUCAGCGUUAUCACGGCGAUUAUGACUUCAACCAGGGUACUGAGACGAGGUCGCCUUACCAUCAAGAUGGCUGGCGGACGCCGAUCGUGGAAGACCCAGAGCACCGCGCCAAUCGGUCGAGAUACUUCAAUCCUGCGUCGACAAGCCAGACCUUGACUGACCUGCAGAGGGAUUCGCAGACGGCAAUACCAGAACAAGAGGACCAGCAGGCGGACAAACCCGAAGAUGUUCCAGAUGACCACCCCAAAGUCCUGUCCUGGUCGCAGCGAAUGAAACAUGUCACCUGGGCUUGGUUCACGCUCACCAUGGCCACGGGGGGCAUCGCCAAUGUUUUAAACAAUGUGCCGUACCGCUUUCGUGGACUCUAUACUAUCGGUGUUGUCAUCUUCCUGUUCAAUAUCGUCCUGUACAUCCUCAUCUGGGCCAUGAUCAUAACCCGAUUCACGUUGUACCCGUGGACUUUUCGGGCGAGCUUUACCCAUCCCACCGAGUCACUCUUCGUGCCGGCCUUCGCCGUCUCGUUUGGCACCAUCCUCAUCAACAUUGUCCAAUACGGAUCGGGCUAUGUCGGAUUUUGGCUCAACCGCACUGUUCUGAUCCUCUACUGGUUCGACUGCGGCCUGGCCAUCACGUUGAGCAUUGGCAUCUACCUCGUGCUGUGGUCGACGCAGACCUUCACCAUCGCCCGGAUGACUCCGAUAUGGAUUUUCCCAGCAUAUCCUCUGCUGAUCAUCGGUCCGCACGCUGCAAAUAUCGCCACCAAGGCACUCAGUUCGAACGAGGCGAUCCGCAUUCUGGUCGGCGGCUUCACGAUUCAAGGGAUUGGCUUCCUUGUCUCGCUCGCCAUCUACUCGGCCUUCGUGUACCGCCUGAUGACGCAGAAACUGCCCGCCGAACCGCUGCGACCGGGAAUGUUCGUCUCCGUCGGCCCCUCGGCCUUUACGGUCAGUGGUACUAUCGGCAUGGCCGACGACCUGCACCGGGUCAUCGCCGCCUCGCCGACGUCCACCUUCAUGGGCGUGCCCGGCGUGCUGGCCGCCCAGAUCCUGAAACUGGUCGGCACGUGGAUGUGUCUGUGGCUGUGGGGUCUGGCGUGGUGGUUCUUCUUCGUCAGCCUGCUCUCUAACAUAGCGUGUCUUCACGAAAAGCACCGCAUGCCCUUCGCCAUGACGUGGUUCAGCUUCAUCUUCCCGCAGACGGCGCUCACGACGGCCACCUUUGCGGUCGCCGAGGCCUUCGACGUCGGCGCCAUCCGCAUCAUUGGCUGCAUCAUGACCGUUCUGCUGAUCAUCGUGUGGUUCGUCGUCGUCGGCUUCAUGAUCCGCGCCAUCGUGAACAAGCAGAUCCUGUGGCCCGAGCGCGGCGAGGAUAAAUCCGAAGGUGGGUUCAAGGCCCGCAUGGACGAGUCAGCCGACAGCGCCACGGCGCUGUUGAACAAAGAGAUGCCACCUGCGGCGAACGAAACUCGUAGCCGCCGUGACCACAGACGUCCUUGGCCUGGGGACGCGGCGUCGAGGAAUGUAUGA